CCGACGCCUUACCAACAACACAAAAUGUUUGCAAGACGCGCAAUUCCCUCGGCCUUCCGAGCCGCCACUCGCGCAAGCGCACCUCGCUUUACUCCAACCACACGCUUCCUGACGCCAUUUCAAGUACGGCUGCUAUCCGACGAAGUUCGCUCCGCAAUCGACAGGGCCAUUGCGUCUUCGCCGGUAGUCUUGUUCAUGAAGGGCACACCAGAGACGCCGCAAUGUGGUUUCUCAAGAGCUAGCAUCCAGAUUCUGGGCAUGCAGGGCGUGGACCCAGACAAGUUUACAGCCUUCAACGUGCUCGAGGACCAGGAGCUGAGGCAGGGAAUCAAGGAAUACUCAGAGUGGCCAACGAUACCCCAACUAUACGUCGACAAGGAGUUUAUUGGAGGCUGCGAUAUUCUCAUGACGAUGCACCAGGAUGGGUCGCUGGCGAAGAUGCUCGAGGAGAAGGGCGUGCUUGUUCCAGCCGAAAAGGCACCGUAAGGAUCACGUCUAGAACAAUGGCGUGAGUCACAGCCUGCGAAAUGUAUAAUACUAUGUUGCAUCAUUUGAGAGAGUCUGCCAAUGGCUCCUAUUCACGU